AUGUUGCGUAGCGGAAAACGUCUCGCGACGAACACAAAGAACAACACCGAAAUUGGCAAUUCUGCCAAUACCGAUAAAACCGGCAAGAGCGAUUCUCAGCCUAUACUUCUUGAUGACCCUGACCCAAAACUUUCUCGCAAAAACGGGAAGUCUACCGCUGAAAAUAAUAAGGAAAAAAUUGUAGACUUAGAAGUAGAAGACGAUUCGGAAAUUGAGGCCGAAAUCGAUCGACAGUAUGGUACCCACGUCAAUCGACCAAUGAAUCCUGUCGUCGAUCAACAUUCAGAUAACCCUAUCGAUCGACAUUCAACUCAACCCGAACCAACGAUUGAAAGAGUCUAUAGAACCCUACCCACUUAUCCUCCCAAAACGCUGACUAAGAAAGCAUUGGAAAAUGCGAUCUGCAAGAAAGUAUUGGAUAAAAUUACUGUAGAGAUGUCCCUUAGCGAUGCUAUGAAAAUAGCAGCUUCGAUAAAGAAGUAUGUGAAGGAUAUGACGUCCCCAAAUUAUCCAACUGCGGAACAAAGCAUGAUGAUGGUGUCAGAGGAAGUAAGUGCCAUGAUUCAAGGAGAAACUCCAGCUAAGAGGCCUGAUCAUGGCAGUUUCGUCCUAGAUUGCAAUAUACAGAACACACUUCUAGCUGAUCGGUCUAUCAGGAUACCUGAAGGAAUCUCGGAGACAUUCCCACAGGAACCGAAAGACCCCCUCAUUCUGGGUCGACCAUUCCUCGCUACAGCUGGAGCGAUCAUUCAUGUGAAAGAAGGACGAAAAAAUUUGAACAUCGGGGACAUCUCGAUGAUCUUUGAUAUGGAAAAGGUAAUCAAGCGACCCUUGAUAGAUGACCAAGCCUUCUAUGUGGAAGAAGCCUCUGAGCUGGAUAAGGAAUCUUUCAUAGACAUGUGCUCAGACGACCCCUUAGAAAACGCUCUUACUCAUAUGGAAAAAGAAAUCUUCAGCAUAGAUAAUAGGACAGACGAUUACGUGCAACUGAUGGAUGCAAGUAUCGAGGUUGCGAACAUCGAAGAAGAUGAUGACUCAGACAUUAUCGUCGAUCGAUAUCUCAGAGAGGCCGUCGAUCGACAACCAUCUUCAUUAUCUAAUUGGUCUAAAGACAAGGCACCAAAAGUUGAAUUAAAACCCCUCCCUAGUGGUCUUAAAUAUGCAUUUCUUUAUGAUCAAUCCUACCCUGUUAUUGUCAACGCCAAUCUCACUGGAGGAGAACUUGCACUAUUACUAAAUAAACUACGCAAGUACAGGAAAGCAAUCGGGUAUUCUGUUGAUGAUACUCCUGGUAUUUCUCCUGAUCUUUGCAUGCACCGUAUUCAUUUGGAAGACGGCGCAAAAACGUCUAUAGAACAGCAAAGGAGAUUAAAUCUGAAUCUUAAGGAAGUAGUCAAAAAGGAAAUUAUUAAACUCCUAGAUGCUGGAGUUAUCUAUCCUAUUUAA